AUGCGUUAUACAAUAGGAAACAAGACAGUCGCUGAUAUUCAUCAGCAAAAGUUACUUAUCAACGCAACUUCCCCUUCAGAAGCACCUGCAAAUCCGAAAAAUUUUAUAUACUUUACAUUUGCGG